GUGUCUUUUCUGUGUCGCCAGCCGCCGUCGAGACGGAAACUGCAACAGUUUACCGCACUGGGAAUUGCACUGCGCCAGACACCCGCGCCUUGACUCCACGCCGCUGACCUUUGUCCUGUACAGACGUACAAGCGAUCGUCGGUCUCCAUAGUGUAUUAUUUAGUGCUGGCCUCCGGCUGACAGUUGUGACCUCGCUCGCCAAACUUCGUGGUAGAUGACUACAUCAUUUUUGAGACAGACUAGGGAAACGAGGACAUGCUUUGAGAGUGAAUCACAAGGCAAAGAUUUCCACUGCUCCGCAGCUUGAUGUUUUUUGUAGGGGGUUUUGCGUUCUUAUUGUUUACUUGCUGUGGGCGACAGGAAUGUAUUGUGGUACUUACACGAUGAGUCUUACAGCCACGACUUGCGACGCAGCCCCAGUCCACAGCUAGAGUUGUCCUUCCUUUCCCUGCCUGCUUCUACAAGUGAACGCUAGUCGCUGCUGCAGUCGAGCCUGACCGCGUGACAACCAGCGGCAACAUCCCAGCCAGCCCUGAGACCUGCAGUUUCCACCCGCCACCUGACGCCUUCAUCACCUGCCUGUCGUCUGCUGCAGCACUUAGCGCCGCAUCCCUCACACCGCUUGACCACCGGUCACCACACCACGAGUGCACAGCUGCCUGUCGCCUGCAAGGUUGAUGGUCGACUGUUGAUGUAGACAAGUGUUUGGCCCACAAUCCCUGUGGAAGGAUCUCUUUUUGUGCAACCUUGCCACUCGACCCAUCAUCGUCAGUUUUUAUUUCGAAGGACUUUUUUAAGAACGCCUUUUAAAAGUGGACUUGUCACUUUAAGGUUCAUGGAUUUUAAGCGGUGAAGGUUUUUUUCUUCAGAGGACAAAAAAAGGCAAAAGCCACAUUUGCUGGAAAAACGAGGUUUGAAGUCAUUGUUUCUUGGGAGGAUCCAGUGCAGACCUCUUGUCGUAGCUUCUCCCCAACCCCUUCUACCCAUGAUAGGUUGACCCAUCACCCCCACAUUAUCUUUUCCUCCCCCUCACCCCUGUGACGGGCGCGCGUUGUUGUCAAGGCAACAAGAAGGAGUGUACAUCUCGUCGCAUGGUCGAGCCGUCGGUCUUCCAGUACCGAGUCGCCCCGUCGCCUCCCGAGCCUGUGAUGGCCAUGGUCAACCCCAUCACACCCAUGCUGAAUCCCAACGCCAAGGACUCGCGCUGGCUGACGCUGGAGGUGUGUCGCGAGUAUCAGCGCAACAAAUGCACCCGCACGGAGAAUGAGUGCAAGUUCGCCCACCCCCCGGCGCACGUGGAGGUGCAGAACGGCCGCGUCAUCGCCUGCUUCGACUCCAUCAAGGGCAAGUGUCAGAGAAAGGACCCUCCCUGCAAAUACCUUCACCCUCCUCAGCAUCUGAGAGAACAGCUGCUGCAGAAUGGCCGCAACAAUCUUAUCCUGAAGAGUCUGCAGUUGCAGGCACUUCACCACCCAGUGCUGCCCAGCAUCAUCCCCAUGAACGCUGCUGUGAAGAGUGUACCGGCGUUUGAGGCCGGACCAAAAGCAGUGGCCUACCAAGCAGUUCUGCCUGGACAGGUGCCAUACCUGACGCCGCACUAUCUGGGAACGGUGCCCACCUCAGCUGUUCCACAGUUCUCCCCCUACGCUGUCAGCUCCAUGCCUGCCACAAUGGCUGUGUCAGGGGGCACGGAGGGAACUAUGGUCACCCAACAGCUGCCGGGGGUCAUCUCUACCUCCAUUGCUGCCACCAAAACUUCAGCUCGCCCGGACCGCCUGGAGGUAUGUCGAGAAUUUCAAAGGGGUACAUGCACUCGACAAGCUAGUGAGUGUCGUUUUGCUCACCCAACAGAAAAUGUAACUGUGGACUCGUCAGACAACCAUGUUACGGUGUGUAUGGAUUUCAUAAAGAACAAGUGUACACGAGACUCGUGUAGAUAUUUUCACCCACCUGCCCACCUGCAGUCACAGAUCAAGGCCGCCCAGCAGCGCGCCAACUCUGCUGCCACCGCACAGGCCCCAGCAUUGGCGGCGCCCCAGCUGGGCUUGCAGGUGCCGCCCUACAAGCGGGUGGCUGUAGCCAAUGAUGGGCUGGGCAAGAGCACUUUCCCAAUGUACCAGCCGACGCUGAGCACUGCUUACCACCAAGCCACCUUGAUGCAACAGCUUCAGCAGCAGCCCUUCAUCCCUGUAACAUAUAGCACGGAAGUGAUGUCUUCCAAUUAUCCAAACUAUCUGCCAGCAGACCCGCUGGUAGUGAGCAGUGGUCCGCCGGCUGGCGUCGGUGUGACCCGGGUGGUGGGAGGCCUGGCCGCGCCCCCUACCCCGGUGGUGGGCAAAGCCAUUUCUUCUAAUGCCUAUAGCAUUGAGUACUUUGACAAACACAAGCAGUUGCUGGACACGCUCCCACUGUGCCGAGAUUUUAGGGCGGGUCUGUGUGACAGGCCCACCUGCAAGUUUGUACACGUCUCUGAAGACGUUGAGCUGACAGAAGUUGGUCGUGUUGUCGUGUGUCGUGAUUCUGUGCGCAACGCGUGUAAACGCGCCUCGUGCAAGUAUUACCACAUUCCUGUGCCUCUGCCUCCUUCCACCUGAUCAGUCCAGCUCCCUCCUGUCACCAUAGCAACACACCAAGGCGGCGACAGGACUUGGCACUGCUGUGCAACCAUCAAUUUCUUGGUGCUCUGUGAUUGGUCGAAUGCUAGCCAAUUGCAGCUAAACCUAAACGUAGGCUCAUGAUUGGAGAGGAAAAACACCAGUGUUGUUAUGACCAAGUGUGCAGAUUUUUGUCCACAGACAUUCUGUGUAUAGAUGUAUUUACCGUAGGGGGAUUUGUUUAUUUGCAAUUAAUCAUUUUAAUGAGUUUUCCCUUUUAAUGUAAUGACAGAGGUGCUGAACCCUACUAGCAACAGGUAUCUUGAACUGUGCAAGUUCCCCUCUCCUGACAUUGUCAAGUGACAACAGGCUACCACCACCUAGCACCUGUUGUUGCACAUGGGUGUACCUAUGGUGUCUCUGGGAGUGCUGAUGUACAACUUUCAGCUCCCAGCAAAACAGAGGACAGGGACAAAUAUACCUUAAUGAGCACAUGGGAUUUCAUUCUGCAGGGAGACACCAAGACUACACCGUACCACCUUGCCAGAAUUUGUACAUGAAUGUUUGUACACCAUGUGUACACUACAAACACGACCCAGCUUGUCAGAUUCUAUGAGCAAUGUAUGCAUUCAUAGUUAUUGUAGUUAUACUAGCAAACAGUGCUAUACUUGAGCGAGUGAGUGUUUACCGGUCAUUUUUAAAGUGCAGAUGGUAUGUGGUAGAGCUUCGAUGCUAGGCACCCAGUUGUUGGCGACAAGUGUAUACCUGGGAUGUAAGAGCUGCUUUCUGUUGGACACACUUCUCAAUCUCACUGUUGCCAUUUAUUUUUGUAUGAACAAGUAGAAGUCCAAAGUUGUCCAGCGUGUUUUUGACAUAACACCCAGACAUGAGCAUGUUGCAAGGGGGAGUUCAUCUUCUCAUUCCAUAUCAGGAGGAAGCAUUGUUUAGUUGGGUUUUUUUUUUGGUUUUUUUUUUUUUGCAUGAUCCAUUCAGAAGACAAGUGAGUACUUGAUGAAGGAAGAAG